AUGGCCAGGAUAUUGGGCAGAUCAAAAUCGCUCCGACUGCUCAGAGGAGGACCACACAAGGAUUCCCAACAUGAGGAAGGCGGCCACUCGACACCACCGCCGGUGGACUUGGACAGAUUAAAGGCGUCAACUCCUGUUACAAGAACGGAUAGCCGGGCUGAUACCCCCGACAUCCUCCAACGGCCAAAGACAGCAGGAGGACAAGGAGACCAUGGGAAACUAUUUCACAAAAAAGUGGCUCCCGUAACCCCACCUCAUACGGAGUUUACCUCUCGGCCACCCUACCCUUCUUCCAAUAAGUCGUCCACGACCAUAUUCUAUACCGCAGAAGUACAUGAGGAUAACGAAGGUUUCAUUGGCAUUGCCCUUGGUAGCCCAACCAUGAACCCACCGUGGGUAACCUCGCCUCAGACGUCGGGAGAGUUGGGAACUGUCACUCACAUCUCUUCGAACGCUCAUCUGCCGAAUACAACGGGACGGAAGCAAGAGGCCCCCAAGCAGAAACUCAGCAGAUGGAAAUCCAUAUUCGGCAAGAAACAACAGAGUACUGCAACACAGAAACAAUCCUUCUAUCAGCUCGUGCAAUCCACUGCGCCUCCUCGAGCGGAUAGUCACUAUGAUGACGAAUCUCUGGAAUCAAGGUCCAUCUCACGGGCUGAAGUGUCGACUCAGGAUCUUCGCUCUCAAUCUCCACCUGUUUUUAAGCCGGAAAUUCGACAGUCCCGCAGGUUCCCAAGAGGCUAUGAACAACCACAUAUCGAGACGCGGCCGAGGGCUCUCACCGAUACUGCCAAUCAUGCCAACACAUCAAAGCCGUCGUUGAUGCGCUCGGCUUCGAGCCCUAAACCUCAUAUGAGAGGUGACUGGAGUCAGGCGCCAGCGGUCCCACAGGUCACGAUAUCCAGAGCCCCUCAAGGAAUGACGCAGGCUCCAGAUACGUCUGGGCCCCUGCUCAAUGUCGAUAUCCCUAGCAUCAAGUUGGACAGGUAUAGCGUUAUGUUCGGAAGCGUACUUCAGUCGAAUCUAGGUUCGUCCUCCAACCGGUCAUCUUCACUUCUGGUGCGUCGGCAAGGAAAUUCGGAAAGAUUGAAACCUUUGAACGAGUUGUCUGUGAAGAGGGAGGAUGAAGGAUCCCAAACUUUGAAGCCCCAGCGUCGUGCUACCUCCCCGUCCCAUCCGAAAUCGCCUUCCAUGGUCUUAUCAUUAUUCCCUCAAACGACUAGCAACAAACCAUCAUCCCCGCGAGCUCCGUCAUCGCGCCGUUCGCGGCGCCUGCAGCGAUCUAACACUGCUCCUGCAAGCUCACCAAGCCUGCAAAAGUUCCCCUCGCAGCUUCCCGAACCCAGGGAAGAAGUUACGGCUCCACCAGUUCAGGAAGCUCACGAGAAGGCGCUCGAAGAGGAAGGGAAUGAUCCGAACCUGAAGUCUCAACUAUUUACUCCAACUCCAUCCUCCCGUCACAGUUUCGACUCGGAUGCAGACGAUGCCUCUAUCAUUAUGGCAAACUCUCCUGGCGCACCGUGGAGGCCGCGCAUGGGCGAGCCUCAAUGGGAGCUGGUCUCCAAACCGACCCAAGCGACCGCGCUGAGGUCACAUCCUACCACAGUAGCCCCUGAACAAGGACCUUCGUCCGCACCAGGGGAUCUCAGCAAUAUCGGUAAGGCCCCAACCCACAAACUCGAAUCUACCCCGCGAUCAGCAGACCGCAUCCUUUCCCCGACUCCACAAACGCAAAACGCGUCUCAAACGGCCACCAUUGGCAUCGCCAGGUCGGUCUCGGUCUCGCGAGCCAGUCCCCGAUCAGCAGAUCUGGUCUCGCCCCAGCUGAUAAGAAGCGCUACUGUGAGAGCGCUGUCACCGGCCUCUGGCCGCUUCAUCGACCAGAAACCGCUUACGCCCACGCUGGUCGAGCUCAAAAACCGCAAAAGCCAGCGCGUGCAGUUGGUCGAUGCGUAG